AUGCGGUUGUUAGCGCUGUUAGUGUUAGCUGCAGCGGCAGUGAGCGUGUCCUGCGUGGACAUGUGGUUCAACUCCGCCGUUGUAUACCAAAUCUACCCCGCUCCUUCAUGGACAGCAACGGCGACGGCAUCGGGGACUUAACUGGUAUAAAACAAAAGCUGCCGUACUUACAAGAGCUGGGUGUGGACGCAAUCUGGUUGUCUCCUAUCUACAAGUCUCCUAUGUACGACUUUGGGUACGACAUCGCUGACUAUAAGUCCAUAGCGACUGAGUACGGCACUAUGGAUGACUUCGAUGCUCUCAUGGCCGAAGCUAAAAGACUCGGUGUCCGUGUGGUGUUGGACUACGUGCCCAACCACACAAGUAACGAGAGCGUGUGGUUCACAAACUCCAUAGACAAAAUAGGCAACUACACUGAUUACUACAUCUGGGCUGACGGCAUACCUGACGAAGCGAACGCUAGCAUUCUCCACCCGCCUAGCAACUGGAUCAGUAUAUUCCGAACAGUGCGUGGGAGUACAAUGCUAAACGAGGGCAGUACUACCUGCAUCAGUUUGUCAUGGUCAGCCAGACAUCAACUAUCGAUCACCAAUACUGCGCGAAGAUGAAGGACGUGCUUCGUUUCUGGUUGAAGAAGGGAGUGUCAGGGUUCCGUGUGGAUGCGGUCAACAUGCUGUAUGAAGUAGACCCGGCUGAUUUCGGCGGCAUUUACCCUAACGAACCUCUGUCAAAUACCACUACGGACGCUAACGACUAUGGGUACCUUCUGCAUCCAUACACGAAGGAUCUGAACGAGACGUACUAUGUAGUAUAUGACUGGAGAGAUGUUCUCAACGAGUUCGCCCAAAACGAAUCAAAGAUCAUGAUGACGGAAGCUUAUACGGACAUGGACCUGAUGAUGCGCUACUAUGGGGAAGGAUCCCGAGACGGAUCUAUACCAUUCAACUUCAUUUUCCUCGGGGAACUUAACGGACAGAGUACGGCGAAUAACAUGCAAACUGUUAUUGAGAAGUGGAUGUCCAAUAUGCCAUCUGGAAAGAUUGCUAACUGGGUGAAUGGUAACCACGACAACACACGAAUGGCUUCAAAGCACGGCGUCAAGAGAGUGGAUGCUAUGAACAUGCUGGCCCUCAUUCUACCAGGAGUCACCAUCACGUAUCAGGGCGAGGAGCUCGGAAUGACAGAUGGCAACAUCAGUUGGGUGGACACGAAGGACCCGCAGGCGUGCAACACGGAGGACCCCAUCAACUACUGGAAGAGCAGCCGCGACCCGGCGCGCACGCCCUUCCACUGGGACGCGUCCGCCAACGCGGGCUUCUCCACCGCCAACUCCACCUGGCUGCCCGUCGCCGCCAACUACGAGACUGUCAACGUCGCCGUCGAGAAGGCAGCCGCUAAGAGUCACUACAAGUUUUACAAGGAUGUCAUAGCCCUGAAACACACCCCGCGGUGGCCUCCGGCUCCUUGGGGACACAUGCACUCUCCAGUGAUGUGCUGGUCGUUACCAGAGUCCCAACGAGUACAAGUGACGCUACGGUCGUGGCAGUAUUGAACCUGGCGUCUACUUCCACCACCCUGGACCUGACCUCUGUAGCCGGAGUGCCACAGACUUUGCGCGUCGUUGCGUCAGGUGUCGACUGCGCACUCAAUAAAGAGGCACAAGUACAGAGAAAUAGUGUUACUAUAUCUGGUAACUGCGCUAUGGUACUAAGCAGCGGCGCUACAAGAUUCACUAUCCCAUUAAUGUUGUACAGCAUUGUAUUAGUAAUUCUAUACCUACAGUAA